CUGGUGCACAUGUACUAGACUAUCUAGGGCUCUACCAUCUCUCUGCAGAGAACGACACAGACCUUACCUCAGACUAUGAUCUCGCCUUGCGCGACGGUAGCCGCUGUCUCUACCUCGGUAUAGACGCCAGCAAGCUUGGCAACGAAGCACGCAUGAUGAACGACUAUCGCGGUGUUGCCUCUGCACCAACUUGUGUCUUUCGGACGCAUACAUUGAAUACAGGUGAACUCAGAAUGGGUGUGUUUGUGGUGGAAGAUGGUAAGCGGAAGAAGGGACUGGCUAAGGGAGACGAGAUUUUAGUCAGCUAUGGCAAGGGCUUUUGGAAGGCUCGCCAGUCGGACUAGAUGCUUUUCAUGGACAGGAUAUGCACUAGCCAGCCGUUGACAAACAGAAGGUGAGUAGCAUGACAUGAGCGACAGUGCUCCCGGCUUACACGUGUAACAUCUGCAUGAAUGUCUGGAACGUAGUCUCAAAGGCUUUAGCCUUUAGUCUAAUGUCUACUUGGUGUCAAGUUGGUGAGCCCCUUUGGUUGAAAGAGUUGCAGUUGGGUGUUGUGGAUUUCGACGCUCCCAACCUCCCACACAAAGACACGAAACGACGCCAAGCGCUCACAUCACAGACGCUUCUUAAGACAAGCCCCUCGUCCAUCAUUGAUGCGCCGGGCAGGGCUCAAGCUCCUCUCUGCCUCCUCGUCACACCCAAAGUUCAAGAACUAUCCGCUGCCACUACCCUUUCAACACAUCAAAUUACGCGGUGAAGCGACAGGCGACGAUUGUUCCAUUGCAGCGAGCCAUUACCUCGGCGUCGCAGAUGGCGUUGGUCAAUGGAAUCGCAGAAAACACGGCUCAGCUGGACUUUGGUCGCGUCUCAUGAUUACCUUGUUUGCAGAGCGCGCAGAGAUGCUUGCGCAUGAGGCGACAUCUGGCGCGUCACAGGCGAUACCGGCAAAGACAGAUGCUAGUAGACAAAUGGAAGGCAAGCGGAUAGUGGACUUGCUGGAGUCAGCCUACCAUGAGAUCAUGGCACUAUGCAAAGAUCCGGCCGCCAUGCCGACGGCGCC